AUGUGGCAGACUGUCGUGCGGCGAUAUCGACUCCAGCCCACGUCCCUCGCAGCCUUCCUCGAGUCCAACUGCAUGGUAGCUAAGCCGCCCACAGCGGCGCUGCAUAGCGACUCGAACCUUGUCGUCGCUGAAACCAACAGCCUCAGCAUCUUUGAAAAUCUAGCAGCGGAAGAGUCGCUCAUUCGAGGUCUUUCGCUCGACACGAAGCAGCGUCUACUCCUCUUCUAUGUCAACCGCCCCUGCGUCGUGGUGGGGCGCAACCAGAACAUCUUUCAGGAGGUGUCGCUGCGACGGGCGGCGGCCGACGGCGUUUGCGUGGCGCGCCGCGCCUCUGGCGGCGGUGCCGUUUUCCACGACGAGGGCAACCUCUGUUUCUCUUUUAUCACCCACCGCACUCGCUAUGCUCCAGAGAAGACGAUCCAGCUGGUGCGCCUCGGGCUCUGUGCGAGCUACGCAAUCGACCCAGCACGGCUGACCACGACAGGGCGGCACGACCUCUUUCUUGACGGCAGGAAGAUCACGGGGUCUGCUAUGCGGGUGCAGCGCGACAUUGCGUACCACCACUGCACACUGCUCGUGGACACCCCACACGCGUCGGUCGGUCGCUACCUUCGCCCAGAAGGGGACUACGUGGCGUUCAAGACGUCGUCGGUGGGUUCGGUGCGAAGCCCAGUCACCUCACUCGCCGAGUCGGGCUGCAUCGCUGACGGGCCGGGCGCCGUGGCGGCACUCAAGGGAAACAUGGCAGACUUUUUCCUAGCGGAGGGCGACCGCGUGCUGAAUGCGGCGACACCGUGGGAGCUUGACGCGGUGGAGCUGCGGCAGCGCUUCACCACCGCACGACACCGCUGCGCGAACGCGCCUCUGUUUGCCCUGGACGUUGUCGGAGCUGUCGCGGCCGACAUGCCCUUCAUCGAGAGAGAGGGCAGGCAGCCGGCCCGCGGUGACGCCGCCACCCUUGGCGAGGCGGUUCACAAGGCGGCGUCGAAAGAGUGGGCCUACGCGAUGCCGACGUUUACAUCCACGGUGUUCCUCAGCGACAGCGAACUGCGGCGGCGCCUGAAAACGCUUUCUGUGCGGCAGCACGUCGCAUUGCUAUGCUCCCUUGCGGAGGAGGAGUUGCUGGCGGUGCUGCAGCGGUGCGUCCUUGAGGGCUCGGAAGGCCCCGAGGCGGUGGCAGGAACCGAAGCGGGGUUGCACCUGGUCACCACAGUCGAGCAUCGUCUCGUCACGUCUGUUGUCGUGAGACGCGUGGCGCCCACGACAGCCACGGCUAGCGCUGUGGCGCCAUCGAGUGCGAGCUCUGGAGGGUGGGUACAGAGGUACCUUUCCGCUCUACUGGUCGGCCACCCUUGUGAUGCCGCCAUCGAGGGCCUGGAGUGUGUUGGCGACACCACGGCGGUGGUGCAGGGCCUGGUGCACGAGGCAGGGUCACUCUGCCCCGAUCUGCCAGACGCAGUCGGCGACGCGGCGCUGCUGAUGGUGGCCCGAGUGCUGCUGGAUGUGUGGCGAGACAAGAAUGUGUUCGACAUCGCGACCUAA